GUCACCGCAGACGCAGCUCUUGCUCCUUGCGCAAAUAAAGCAUUUCUGUUAUACUUUCUAAGACAAUUUCACGAGUUCUUGAAAUUUAUGAACAUUUUCAAAGCCGUUAUCAUUCAGUUCAGUAUUACGCUAUCCAGACAAUGUGCGAGACAAACGAAUGAACGGAAGUGACACAUCCAUUCAUCACAAGUUCAUUUCUUUUUCAAUAAACUCACACUAGCAACCUUAUCGAUAAUAUUAAAUCGAUACAUGGGAGACAGAAGCCAGAGAGAAUUGUACAGAAUGUCUGAACAGUGUGACGAAAACUUGUUGGACGAGGAUCUAGGGGACGAAGAAUAUGAUCUAGGAAAUGACGAAGAGGAAGCGCUUUUAGCGGAUGACCAUGAAUUAGAGACGCAGAGUAGCUUAAGAGAAGAGGAAACAGAUGACGUGUUGGAUUUAGGCGUCACCGAUGCUCUUGACGACUUAGAGGGAGAGGAAGACAAUGUAAAUUAUAGCGGAGUUACCAAUAACCGUAACCAUAGCGACUAUUACAAUGAACGACAUGAAAAUGAUAUCAUCUAUUACCAGCGGCACGAAACAAGGCACGAUUACGAAGAAAUCGUUGGAGGUGAAGGUGAAAACAUUGGAAAUCCUUCCAACCAACCAGAUCUCAGAGAAAAACUACAAAAAAAUGCACAAAAGGAUUUCUACGUUGGAAAUGGUCAGGGAAUGGAAGACGACGAUUGCGAAGAGGCUAAGGAACGGAGGAACCGGUUUCAAAAUGAGAGGACAAUCAUAUCUCCAAAAAUGAACAAUGAAAUUCCAGACUCUCUGGAAAAUGUUGUCACAUUAGAACAGUUGAGGCCACCAUUUCGGGGAAGAGGAAGAGGUAGAGGCAUUCGAGGAAUGAGAGGUGGAAGAUUUAUCACUAACUUUGCUCCAAGAUUCAAUGUACCGCGAGGACCACCAUCCUUCGAAAAUCAGCGACUACCAUUUCGACCAACAUUGCUUGAAAAUAGACCACAAUUCCCUCCUGGACCACGGUUGAAUAUACCGAAUCAGCAGAUUCCAUUUCAGCAAAACAAUCCCCAGGUACCUCCUCCUUAUACACAGUUCCCACUGAAUGGACCCCUGCAAGGUCGUCCUCAGUUCAUGGAAAAUAGGCCUCCUUUCAAUCCAAAUCAAUUCCAAGGUCUAGCUGGACCUCCUGGUCCACGAUUGAUGGGCCCAAGACCAGAAUUUGAUCCACGGGCUCCUCCUCAAAACUUCCCUCCGAAUCAGCCACAGUUCAUACACAAUCAGUCACAUCACUUUCAAAAUCAAGGACCACAAGUUCAAGGAAAUCAAGGACCUCCACCACCUAUGCAAGGAAAUCAAGGACUUCCAAUACCUAUGCAAGGAAAUCAGGUGCCACUUGGACAAGUCAAUAGGAACUUGCCGAUGCAGGGAAAUCCACGUCCUUCGAUGCAGGGUAAUCAAGGUCCCCUUCUUCUCCGGAAUCCAGGGCCACCAAUGCCGGGUCAUUUACGUCCACAGAUUCACAACCAAAUUCCAGUAAUGCAGGGUCAUUCUAAUCCUCUGAACAUACAAAAUCAAGUUCCAUUUGAAAACAUGCGCCCUUAUCAAGACCCGCGUUUCUGUCAGGAGACUAGGCCUGUUUAUGACUCUAGACCAGUUUACAAUGAACAACCGCCGCCUGUUCAAUACAAUAACGGACCACCGGGACUACCUCCGCAGCCAACUGGAAACAUGCCCACCCCCUUACCACCUGGACACAAAAUUUUGAUCAACCCUCACUUCCGGGGCGCCGUGCAACCUACAGCUGAUGCUCGUUUGGCUUGGGACUCAUCGGUUCAACAACAACAUCAACAGCAGCCACUGCCACCAUCGCCUAUCGGUAAUGAACAGUUUCUACAAACUCCCAGGCAGUUUCAAAACCAAGCAUCUUACAACCAGCCUGCUGCACCAGCACCACCAUUGCAGGAGUACAGUCAGCCCGCCGUUCAACAAAAUAAAAGCGAUGACCCCUAUGCAUACUUUUCUGAUGUCUGGCAAGAAAACAAGACACAAAAAAAUACAACCUCCACAAGUAGUAAUUCGUUUCACAGUGAAACGACGAAUUAUAGUAAAGAUACUUAUUAUGGCGAGGGGGAUAACUACAAGACACAGAAUCAAUGGGAUUCCAGAGACAAUUACCAGACAUGCUGUUCACAUAGUUUUCGUGAUACUAUGGAUUAUUCAGAUGGGCAACGAGAGCAACAACCCAAUUACCGGGAUAGAGAUGUUCAUUCGCGUUCAAGCACAGAUCGCCCUCGUGACAAUCGAAUUCCUUCAACAAAUUCUAGUUAUCGAAACGAGAGUUUUGACCACAGCCGACCACAAAGAGCACCAACCAGCAGUAGAGCCCCGGCUACUAGUCAGAGGGGGAUCGUGCGAUCUCAACAAAAAAGAAGUCCUGAAGAAUACUCAGAUAGAGGACAAAGAGAAAUAAGUCCUAAGAGACCUAAAUUGAGCAGCCGAAACUUACAUGAAGUUAGAACAAUCGAUACUCUAUCUGAUCAAGUCAAUGAUAAAAAAUCAUAUGAAAACGAAGAGCCAGAAAUGCGAGAGUAUCGGAAGAAGCUUGAAGAACAGAAACGUUUGAGAGAAAAAUUUCUCAGAGAAAAAGAGAAUCGUAGAAAAAUUGCAGCCAUGGAAAAACAAUAUGAAAAAGAGAAAGCUGAGAAUAGUGCUAGCGGAGAAUCUAAUCCAGAAACUAAACCGGUUUCUGUAGUAACCGGUGUUAUGAAGGAUGUUAAGGUUCGACCAGCAGCUAUUGGCAGAGGCCGGAGCCGCCCUGUUAGCGCACAGCCCACAGAGGGGCUGGAGAGGCCAGCUGGUUUACGAAUCGUUCGGACUAUUCAGACUACUGUACAACCAUCUACUAUAAGUAAUGAAAAUGAAGAAGACGUUGCUUCUUCUAUUCCAAUGGUACAAGCAACCGAAACAGUUAACAAGAGACAAGUUUCUACGCAGCAUGGGAUUCGACGAGUGGUUAUUCAUAAGCCACCUCCGAAUAUGCAGAAAGUUGCUACUACCAUACAAAAAACUGUGUCAAAUCUACAGAGAAACCCCGGAGUCGCUGUGCCGCAGAAAAUUGUACCAAAAUUAAUCACCACUGUACCAGGCGGCGUUCAAAAAACCCUGGUCAAGAAACUUCCGGGAAAUACGCAAGUUAAUGCACAGAAAAAUCUCAACAUGGCUAACCAGAAAGUCGUUAUUAAUACCCAAAAUAAUCAGAGAGUUGUUCUUCAAAAAACUUCACCACAAAUGAGAAAACUACCUGAAAUCAGAACCAACAUUGUCAAAAUAGAAAACUUGGCUGCCAGCACAACUGAAAACCAAAUUCGACGAAUGUGUCAGGGAAUCGGCACACUUGAGAGCAUACACAUGAACGAGGGCAGUGCAACAAUCGUGUUUAAGACGCAAUCUGCUGCAUUUGUGUUUCACAAGAAAUAUCAACGUAAAAUGCUCGACCUUUCGUUAAUAACAGUUCAUCUUAUCCCGCAAACUGCAGGAAAUUAAAGGAUUCCUACGAUUGUGAAAAAGAUAUAUUGAAAAGGUAUCACAUAGAAUCAAAUAAUCUAUACAGCUUGUUAUCAACUGGUAUGUUGGCGCCUUGUUCAAAUUAUAUAAUCUUAAUAACAGCACAGUUGAUUGUAUACACUCUGUGUAUCUAGAGAUGUGUUCUUGAAGAUCGCUACGGCAAAAUUCGGAAAAUAUGUUCAUUAUUAAUUAAUACCACCAGGAAAGAGUUUCUGUGACAUUUGAUUUAAUUAUGAUGACUUAAUUAUUCGGAUUUGUUUACAUAAUUUGGCCGAUGGCACUGUGGGCGUGGUUUUAAAACGCAGAUAUCAAGCAAAAUUGUAAAUAUAAUAUAUUUAGAUCUAUAAUGAAUUUCAGAAUUAAACCUGAACUUUUUAACUCAUUAUAUAUACCAAUAAAUGAGGAAAAUUUGAAAAUUUGCCUACCAAUAUUGUACAAAGUAUACAAUAUUCGUUUAGAUGUACACAGACUGUAGUGAAAAAUGGUUCAUCAAAAUUGAAUGGGAUCCGCAUGCUUUCACGUUAAUGAUUGUUUUGUAUUAUCCAAAUAUUUUUAAACAAUUUGUUUAUUCAUAAUCUUUGACAUACAUAGCAUCAGUCAAUGCAUAAUAAAUGACCUAUUACAUGACUACAAUUUAUUUAUGUACAAGUUGUAACUUGGUUACUUAAUUUCAGAUUACAACAAAAUUAAAGUUACCAAAAGUGCAGUUGCGUGCUUUUGAUAUAGUUUCAGUUAUACAACUAUAUUAUAGAUUAAGGUAUCAAAUUUCAAGUGAAUCAGCUUGUGAAUAUAGAUUACUUGAAAUCUCUGUAUUGUAACGCAGGUGUAGGGAUGUACAUACAUACACAUGUUCCAAAAGAAACAUUCUUGAGUUUUGUUCAAGAUAAUCUUACAUUUGAGUAGUUCUGCUCAAAAUGUUGCGAAUUAUAUGUUGUCCACGUUAUCUUUACUUGUUGAUUUAUUUCAUGUUCAUAGUAUGAACAACGCUUCGCAAACUUUAAUAACAGCGUGAAAUAAAUGAAUUGUACAUUAUAAUAUUAGGUAAGAGAAAUUCAUCAAUUAAAUCAAUUUAUGCAAAA